CUUCGCAACUAUUUCAUUAUGAACAAAUUAUGUUUCAUUCCAAAUUUGCGAUAAUUAAAAUAUACAAUGAAGACGUCACAUCCGGUGCUAAGUUUUGUCGUAGAGCCUUGGCCUUUCGAACCCACAAUACACAAUUUAAUUGUGAAUUAAGAAUAACCUAGCCGCAGUCAAAAUUUCGGAUUUACAGUUACGUAAAAAAGCUAACUCUGAAAUAAAUCUGAAAAACGAUUGCCUUAGACACAACUUUUGAACGCCGAUAGGUCAUUCCGUAAAUACGUAAAGCUCGUCUAUUGGUCGACACAGCGAAAGGUGGGGAGUGGAUCCGGACCUCUUUACUGCUCGGCAAGAUUUCAAAUUCACAGUUGGUUCAUUCUCUACGCCGUGUGUUCCUACCUGUUCCGUUCCUCGCAAACCGGUUAAUAAACUAAAAUCUACCACCAUGGUUGACGCAGCUGUCUUGGAAAAACUGGAAACCGGUUUCAAGAAACUGAAGGAAUCUGAUUCCAAAUCACUCCUUAAGAAGCAUCUGACACAGGAAGUCUUCGAUAACCUGAAAACCAAGAAAACCCCCACUUUUGGAUCAACCCUCCUUGAUUGCAUCCAAUCUGGCUUGGAGAACUUAGAUUCCGGCGUUGGUAUCUACGCUCCGGAUGCCGAGGCCUACUCUGUAUUUGCAGAUAUCUUCGACCCCAUCAUUGAGGACUACCAUGCGGGUUUCAAGAAGACCGACAAACAUCCCCCAAGAACUGGGGUGACGUCAGCGUCUUCGGUGACUUGGACCCCGCUGGCGAAUUCGUGGUAUCCACCCGUGUGCGUUGCGGAAGGUCACUUGAAGGUUAUCCGUUCAAUCCUUGCCUUACUGAGGAACAGUACAAAGAGAUGGAACAGAAAGUUUCCUCUACUCUUUCUGGCCUUGAAGGUGAACUGAAAGGAACCUUCUACCCCCUGACCGGCAUGAGCAAGGAUACUCAGCAGAAACUGAUCGACGACCACUUCUUGUUCAAGGAAGGUGAUCGUUUCUUGCAGGCUGCAAAUGCCUGCCGUUUCUGGCCUACUGGUCGUGGUAUCUACCACAACGAUGCCAAGACCUUCUUGGUCUGGUGCAAUGAGGAGGACCAUCUGCGUAUCAUUUCCAUGCAAAUGGGUGGUGAUCUGGGAGCUGUCUUCAGGCGUCUUGUUACUGGUGUCAAUGACAUCGAAAAGCGUCUGCCAUUUUCUCACCAUGACAGGCUUGGAUUCCUAACAUUCUGCCCCACCAACUUGGGUACCACAGUGCGUGCAUCUGUUCACAUCAAGGUACCCAAGCUGGCCGCCAACAAAGCCAAACUCGAGGAGGUAGCCAGCAAGUACAACCUGCAAGUACGCGGUACUCGCGGUGAGCACACCGAAGCAGAGGGUGGUAUCUACGACAUCUCAAACAAGAGGCGUAUGGGACUCACUGAAUUCGACGCUGUCAAAGAGAUGUACGAUGGCAUCCAGGAGCUCAUCAAAAUCGAGAAAGAACUGUAAAAUGUAUUGUACACACAGUCUCUAUUUGAUCAUAUAAGUGAUUUAAUGUAAGCUUGAUAUAAAACAAUGUUUAAAUUGAACGGAGUAUCUCGUUUGCCAAAGUACUAGGUACUGCUUUGAUACUGCUGUUUAUUUAAGUUUAAGUCUGAACAUUAGUUUGUAUAAUCAGCUUCUAGUCAACAUUAUUUCCAGACAAAAAACAGAUUGUUUGAAAAUUUCAACAAAUUGCAUUAUUUUAUUUAUUACAGGUUUUUAUGUACCUCAGAUGUGUUACACAUGAUCCAAAUUUAUUACAUUUUUAAAGACGUUCA